AUGGCUGGUGAGGAAGAGAACAGCGAGUUCUACCUGAGGUACUACGUGGGGCACAAGGGCAAGUUCGGGCACGAGUUCUUGGAGUUCGAGUUUCGACCCGACGGGAAGCUCCGCUACGCCAACAACUCCAACUACAAGAACGACACCAUCAUCCGCAAGGAGGUCUAUGUCACGCCUGCUGUUGUCAGAGAGUGUCGUCGUAUCAUUUCAGAGAGCGAGAUCUUGAAGGAAGAUGAUGUCAACUGGCCAGAACCUGACCGUGUUGGGCGGCAGGAGCUUGAAAUUGUAAUGGGGAAUGAGCAUAUCUCCUUUACUACUUCAAAGAUUGGAUCCCUUGUUGAUGUCCAGAGCAGUAAAGAUCCUGAAGGUCUUCGCAUCUUUUAUUAUCUUGUUCAGGAUCUGAAGUGCUUUGUGUUCUCACUCAUCUCUCUCCACUUCAAGAUCAAGCCUAUAUAA